AUGGCUAUCUUACCGCUGUUGAUGGUCAGAUUUCUGGAGUUCUUCAGCGAUCGUUCUACCCAGAUGCCUGUCCCACAUACGGUAAAAGCACACUUUCAGUAUCCCACAUUAAGAUGUCCCACCGAAAGUUCGAGGCGCCGCGACAUGGCUCGCUGGCUUUCCUUCCUAGAAAGCGAGCUGCAAGGCACCGAGGAAAAGUCAAGAGGUUGCUUUCCAAAGGAUGACCCCAAGAAACCAGUCCACCUCACUGCCGCCAUGGGUUACAAGGCCGGUAUGACCACCAUCGUCCGAGACCUCGAUAGACCUGGUGCGAAAAUGCACAAGAAGGAAAUCGUUGAAGCGGUCACUGUUAUCGAGACGCCUCCGAUGAUCGUCGUUGGCCUUGUUGGCUACAUCGAAACCCCCCGUGGCCUCCGAUCGCUCACUACCGUCUGGGCUGAACAUCUUGGUGACGAAUUGAAGCGAAGAUUCUACAAGAACUGGUACCGAUCAAAGAAGAAGGCUUUCACCAAAUACGCAAAGAAGCACUCUGAAAAUAAGGGUGCUUCAAUCACACGUGAACUUGAGCGCAUCAAGAAAUACUGCACCGUCGUUCGUGUCCUUGCCCACACCCAGAUCCGCCAAACUCCUCUCAAGCAAAAGAAGGCACAUUUGAUGGAGAUUCAGAUCAACGGAGGCAGCGUUGCGGAUAAGGUUGAGUUUGGCCAUGGUCUGUUCGAGAAGCCGGUCGAGAUCGAUACCAUCUUUGAGCAAGAUGAGAUGAUUGACUGUAUUGCUGUCACCAAGGGCCACGGAUUCCAAGGUGUCACCAGCAGAUGGGGUACCAAGAAGCUACCUAGAAAGACUCACAAGGGUUUGCGAAAGGUCGCCUGUAUCGGAGCAUGGCAUCCUUCACACGUCCAAUGGACGGUUGCUCGUGCCGGUCAAGAUGGCUACCAUCACCGUACCUCCGUUAACCACAAGGUCUACCGUAUUGGCAAGGGCAAAGACGAGAAGAAUGCUGCCACUGAAUUCGAUGUUGUCAACAAGCAAAUUACCCCAAUGGGUGGCUUUGUCCGCUAUGGUGAGGUCAAGAACGACUUCGUCCUGCUCAAGGGAUCCGUCCCAGGGGUCAAGAAGCGAGUCAUGACCCUCCGAAAAUCUAUGUACCCUCACACUUCCCGCAAGGCUCUUGAGAAGGUUGAGCUCAAAUGGAUUGACACCUCGUCUGAGUUUGGUCAUGGUGCUUACCAAACUCCUCAAGAGAAGAGACAGUUUUUGGGUACGCUCAAGAAGGAUCUCGUUGCCGCUUCCUAA